AUGGGAUUGAUGGAUCUCGUAAUGCCUGGUGUUAUGUCCGCUUUCAACAAGACAUUGUCAGCUUUACACGACCAAAAGACGACUAUGAUAUCAGAAGACACACAGCUAACCACAACCACUAUUAAGGAAUCAUGGCAUGAAGUUACUGGGCGGUAUACAAUGGGACAGAGCUCGCCUCAAGUUUGCAACACGGUCAAAGAUGAACCCAACGAUUUAUGGACGCCUUUAUCUCACCUUGAUUCUGCCACUCAGGGUCCGACACAUUUGUUCAGUCUUGGGUCGGAUAGCAUGCACUCAGAGGUAGAUACAAGUGAUUCUUCAUGGCAAACAGCACUAAAUCACGGGUUCCCUAUCGAUGGGCCAUCAUGGAAUCUUAACGAUGAUUCAUUUAAUCCCGUUGUAAACUUCGCUAUGGGUGUAUGGGAACCAUUGCUUGACCAUGACUAUGUUUGGGGUGAAGAGGCUUCGAGAGAUUAG